GAGACAUAAUUUUGCCAAAGGGACAUACACAACUCACUUACACUGACUGGUAUGAGUUUGGGCAGGUGGUUUGUGCUUUACACAUCUUUAAAAAUUUGAGAGAUUUUGCUCUUCAACUGGUAGAGUUAUUCAUAUUCUUUUUAAGUUCUUAAAUUAGCAAGCCUUCAAAACCAAAAAUGGAGUCAAAAAGAAGUGUAUCUUCUAGGCACCAUUCUCUUAGCUCCUAUGAAAUCAUGUUUGCAGCUCUCUUUGCCAUAUUGAUAGUGCUCUGUGCUGGAUUAAUUGCAGUGUCCUGGCUGACAAUCGAGGAAUCACAACAAGGUGCAGCACUUGGACAAAGUCAUGAAGCCAGAGGGACAUUUAAAAUAACAUCCGGAGUUACAUAUAAUCCUAAUUUACAAGACAAACUCUCAGUGGAUUUCAAAGUUCUUGCUUUUGACCUUCAGCAAAUGAUAGAUGAGAUCUUUCUAUCAAGCAGUCUGAAGAAUGAAUAUAAGUACUCAAGAGUUUUACAAUUUGAAAAUGGCAGCAUUAUAGUCAUAUUUGACCUUUUCUUUGCCCAGUGGGUGUCAGAUGAAAAUGUAAAAGAAGAACUGAUUCAAGGCAUUGAAGCAAAUAAAUCCAGCCAACUGGUCACUUUCCAUAUUGAUUUGAACAGCGUUGAUAUCCUAGCAUCUUUGGAGAAUUUUUCUACACCAAGCCCUGCAACAACUUCAGACAAGCUAAUAACCACCGGUCAUCUGGCAACUCCAGGAAAUGUCUCAGUAGAGUGCCCGUCUGGUUCAAGUCCUUGUGCUGAUGCGCUAACAUGUAUAGCAGCUGAUUUAUUUUGUGAUGGAGAAUUAAACUGUCCAGAUGGUUCUGAUGAAGACAAUAGAACAUGUGCCACAGCUUGCGAUGGAAGAUUUUUGUUAACUGAAUCAUCUGGGUCUUUCCAGGCUACUCAUUAUCCAAAACCUUCUGAAUCAAGUGUUGUUUGCCAGUGGAUCAUACGUGUAAACCAAGGACUUGCCAUUAAACUGAGCUUUGAUCAUUUUAAUACAUAUUAUACAGAUAUAUUAAAUAUUUAUGAAGGUGUAGGAUCAAGCAAGAUUUUGAGAGCUUCUCUUUGGGAAACUAAUCCUGGCACAAUAAGAAUUUUUUCCAACCAAGUUACUGCCACCUUUCUUAUAGAAUCUGAUGAAAGUUAUUAUAUUGGCUUUAAUGCAACAUAUACAGCAUUUAACAGCAGUGAGCUUAAUAAUUAUGAGAAAAUUAAUUGUAACUUUGAGGAUGGCUUUUGUUUCUGGAUCCAGGAUCUAAAUGAUGAUAAUGAAUGGGAAAGGAUUCAGGGAAGCACCUUUCCUCCUUUUACUGGACCCAAUUUUGACCACACUUUUGGCAAUGUGUCAGGAUUUUACAUUUCUACUCCAACUGGACCAGGAGGGAGACAAGAACGAGUGGGACUUUUAAGCCUCCCUUUGGACCCCACUUUAGGACCAGCUUGCCUUAGUUUCUGGUAUUACAUGUAUGGUGAAAAUGUCUAUAAAUUAAGCAUUAAUAUCAGCGAUGACCAAAACAUAGAGAAGACAAUCUUCCAAAAGGAAGGAAAUUAUGGGGAAAAUUGGAAUUAUGGACAAGUAACACUAAAUGAAACAGUUAAAUUUAAGGUUUCUUUUGAUGCUUUUAAAAACAAGAUCCUGAGUGAUAUAGCAUUGGAUGACAUUAGCCUAAUAUAUGGGAUUUGCAAUGAGAGUCUUUAUCCAGAACCAACUUUGGUCCCAACUCCUCCACCAGAACUUCCUACGGACUGUGGAGGACCUUUUGAACUGUGGGAGCCAAAUACAACAUUCAGUUCUAUGAACUUUCCAAACAGCUACCCUAAUCAGGCAUUCUGUGAGUCAUUUCUUCUUGAAGUCAUCAGAAACAAAUGUGUUUGGAUUUUAAAUGCACAAAAAGGAAAAAAUAUACAACUUCAUUUUCAAGAAUUUGACUUAGAAAAUAUUAAUGAUGUAAUUGAAAUAAGAGAUGGUGGAGAAGCUGAUUCCUUGUUUUUAGCUGUGUACACAGGGCCUGGUCCAGUAAAGGAUGUGUUCUCUACCACCAAUAGAAUGACUGUUUUUCUCAUCACUAACAAUGUGUUGGCAAGAGGAGGGUUUAAAGCAAACUUCACUACUGGUUAUCACUUGGGGAUUCCAGAGCCAUGCAAGGAAGACAGUUUUCAAUGUGACAAUGGAGAGUGUGUUCCACUGGUGAAUCUCUGUGACGGUCGUCUGCACUGUGAGGAUGGCUCAGAUGAAGCAGAUUGUGUGCGUUUUUUCAAUGGCACAAUGAACAACAAUGGUUUAGUGCAGUUCCAAAUCCAGAGCAUAUGGCAUACAGCUUGUGCUGAGAACUGGACCACCCAGAUUUCAAAUGAUGUUUGUCAGCUGCUGGGCCUAGGGAGUGGAAACUCAUCAAUGCCAAUUUUCUCUACCGAUGGUGGACCUUUUGUCAAAUUAAACACAGCACCUGAUGGCAGCUUAAUACUAACACCCAGUCAAUGGUGUUUACAGGAUUCCUUGAUUCUGUUACAAUGUAACCAUAAAUCUUGUGGAAAAAAACUGGUGGCUCAAGACAUCACCCCAAAGAUUGUUGGAGGGAGUAAUGCAAAAGAAGGAGCCUGGCCCUGGGUUGUGGCUCUGUAUUAUGACGGCCGUCUGCUCUGCGGUGCCUCUCUCGUCAGUAGUGACUGGCUGGUGUCUGCUGCACACUGCGUGUAUGGGAGAAAUUUAGAGCCAUCCAAGUGGACAGCAAUCCUAGGCCUGCAUAUGGCAUCAAAUCUGACCUCUCCUCACACUGUCUCUCGGUUGAUAGAUCAAAUUGUCAUAAACCCUCAUUACAAUAAACAAAGAAAGAACAAUGACAUUGCCAUGAUGCAUCUGGAAUUUAAAGUGAAUUAUACAGAUUACAUACAACCUAUUUGUUUACCAGAAGAAAAUCAAGUUUUUCUUCCAGGAAGAAACUGCUCUAUUGCUGGUUGGGGGAGACUUGUACAUCAAGGUCCUACUGCAAACAUAUUGCAAGAAGCUGAUGUUCCUCUUCUAUCAAAUGAGAAAUGUCAAAAGCAGAUGCCAGAAUAUAACAUUAAUGAAAACAUGAUAUGUGCAGGCUAUGAAGAAGGAGGAAUAGACUCUUGUCAGGGGGAUUCAGGAGGACCAUUGAUGUGCCAAGAAAACAACAGGUGGUUCCUUGCUGGUGUGACCUCAUUUGGAUACCAGUGUGCCCUGCCUAAUCGCCCCGGAGUGUACGCCAGAGUCUCAAGGUUUACAGCAUGGAUCCAAAGUUUUCUACAUUAGAGCAUUUCUUAAACCAAAUAUGAAAGUCAGAUUAUUUUCACAUUCUACUCUAGAAAUCAUGGAAAUUAAGGGUUUUGUACAAAAUUUUUUAAAAGUUACCAAAAGUAUUCUUACCUAUGCCAAUUAAAUGCUAGGGGGCCAGGGAAGCAAAAUUUUAAAAAUAAUAAAAUUCAUCUUGGCAAUAGAGAGUAACUUUAAAAUAUCACAAAAUACAUUUUUAUUUCAUUGUGAACAGCUAUUUCUUCACAGAUUUCACUUUUUAAAUUCUUAAUCAUUGUUUUUAUUAUUUACUGUUAUUUAAAGGGGUAUUUACUGUUAUUUUAAAACAUAUACCAUAUACUUAAGAAAUUUUUAGCAUAAUUUAAAAAAGAAAGAAAAUGAAAUGUUUUGCCCAUCAUAUGUCACUGUUGUAAAAAAACUGCCAUAAAUUUUCUAGUUCCAGUUUAGCUUGCUAUUAGCAGAAUCUGAAUAGUUUUCAUCGCAAUCAUUUUUCUGUUUUAUUCUAUCAAAAUGCAUUCUUAUUUUGACAUAUGCAUAACCUUAGUAUUUUCCCCACUAAUUAAAAAUAUUUAUUGUAAGCUUAUAUCACAAGCCUGGACUAAAUUGACUUUACAUUCCUCUUAAAUAAGCAAAUUAAAUAAAUGAUAAAUUAAUUAA